GUGUACGUACGUGUGUGUCUGUUACUCUACAUCUCACUUUUCGAGUGUUUGUUCGUCUCACAAAGGAUACGAUCUACUUAACGGGCAAUGAAGCUUUUAGAGUGUCUUUGUCAGAAGUGCUGCCACUGCUCGGACUGUGAAAAGUGUUCAGAGAAUGGUUUGAGCUGUAUCCACUUCUGGGCAACAUUGUUAAGUGACGUGCCACUAAUAGUGAUCUCGUUUAUACAAUUGUCAAGAGGUGGAGUAUGUCACCACCCCCUUGCCACAGAUGAUAUUGUUCUACAAGCCCUUGAUAUUGUUCGCCUAUUGCCAUUAUUGUAUCGCCUAAAAAAGAGCAGGCGUUGUUUUAGUUUUAUACUCCAUCUUGUAGGAUUACUUUCUAUGGUUGUUAUUAUCGGACUCUUCAUAGUGUGC